CGAAGACCUGAUCCUCCUCUUUUUUUUUCUUAUUAUUUAUUGUUUUUGGUAUAUUUGGCUUAAUUGUUUUCAAUAGGUUGCCCAGGUUCGGUUCUCUUAUUUAAGAACCUUUGGCUAGUUAGUGUGCCCAAAAAUUAGUGCCAUCUUACAUGGUCUCAUCUUAUUAGCCACUUCAAAGUUUCUCUCUUCAAGUGUGUGUUGUGUGCUGUCAGCCUACGAUACUCCAAAGUGGUUUAGGUGGGCACGCGACAGCAAUCACUUCUCUAUUUCUUCACUCUUAAACCUUGUAGUAUAUUUCUAAAUCACCUUGAAGGGUCUUCACAUUCGUACUCAUUUAUAUUAUACCCUUUAAUAUAUGAGCUGGAAUCUAGACUGGUAGCCAUGAACACCGGCAUUGGAUCGCCGACUAUCGUGGCUGAACAUGAUGCGGAUACAAUUGCUAAGCGAGCCCAUUAUAGCCCUCCAUGGGCCGACUUGAGUAUCAUUGGUAUCGCAGGUAGUUCCGGUUCUGGGAAGUCGACCUUGUCGCACGCCAUCGUCAGCAAAUUGAAUCUGCCUUGGGUCGUUAUCUUGUCGAUGGAUUCAUAUUAUAAACCACUAGACCCCGAAAGCUCGAGGAAAGCCUUUCUAAACGAAUAUGACUUCGACUCUCCAGAGGCAAUUGAUUUUGAUGCCUUGCUACAGACACUUCAAGACUUGAAGGCAGGCAAACGUGCCGAGAUUCCGGUAUACUCUUUUGAGAAACAUCAACGCGCGGAAGAGACGACAACUAUAUACUCCCCUCAUGUCCUUGUUCUGGAAGGGAUUUUCGCUCUGUAUGACCAGAGGGUGAUGGAUCUAAUGGACAUGAGAAUCUAUUGUGAAGCAGAUGCGGAUACAUGCCUCUCAAGACGAAUCCUACGCGAUGUGAGAGAUCGAGGUCGUACGGUAGAGGGUUGCAUCAAGCAAUGGUUUAACUUCGUGAAGCCAAACUACGAAAAGUUUGUUCUUCCUCAAAGGAACCACGCUGACAUAAUCGUGCCACGCGGCAUAGAGAACCGAGUUGCAAUGGCUAUGGUCACUCAGUAUAUCGAAAGAAAGUUGGUUGAAAAAUCGACACGUCACCGCGCGGCUCUCAGAAGCUUGGAGGCCGGGUUUGACAGUGAACCCCUUUCUGAUCGAGUGAUAAUCCUCAAACAAACCCCUCAACUCAAAGCUAUGAAUACGAUAAUUCAGGAUAUUGACACUUCAAGCGAGGAUUUCAUAUUUUACUUUGACAGAUUCUCAUGCCUUCUUAUUGAAGAGGCGUUGAACAAUGCUCACUUCCAGGAAUUGACCGUCGAAACUCCUGCUGGCAGACUGUAUAACGGAUUAACCCCUAAAGGCGAAGUCAGCGCGGUCAUCGUCCUACGCGGCGGCGCUUCAUUCGAGGCUGGACUCAGAAGGGUGAUUCCUGAUGGUCGCACAGGACGUCUUUUGAUCCAAUCCAACGUUCGGACCGGAGAACCCGAACUGCACUACCUGAAACUCCCUAAGGAUAUCAGCAAGCAUGAUAGCGUUCUACUUCUAGACGCCCAGAUGUCCAGCGGAGGAUCUGCGCUAAUGGCUGUUCAAGUUCUCGUAGACCAUGGUGUUCCCCAAGACCGCAUUGUCGUCGCAACAUACUCAGCAGGCUAUGUAGGCGUCUAUCGCCUAACCAAAGUUUUCCCAGAGAUCGCCGUCGUCGUUGGCGACAUGGUUAACGAUUUCGAAGAUAGGUGGGUUGAGAAGAGAUACUUUCGAUGCUGAUCUAAAUAGACGGUAGGCAUAAGCCUGGAUAUAUAGAUGCCUAGCCAAGGCAUCUUAACCAUAGUUGAUGCUUUGAGGUAAUAUCUUUAUUCUAUGGCACCUAGACAUAUAGAAGAACAAUCUACCAAGUAGGUAUAUAUAAAAUAUAUCUAAAAGCUUGGUCAUGACUCGGUGUGCUAGAGCUCCCGUUUAGAAUUUGAAUAUCGCUACACGAUGCACGCUG